UGCGCCUCCCCUCUGCAGGAGAGGCGCGAGAUCGGCUGAGGGGGUGCGUUGGGCGAGAGGCAUCCCGUCCCCUUCGGACGGGCUGUGCACCAUGAGCUUCUUGAUCGAUUCCAGCAUCAUGGUCAUCUCCCAGGUGCUGUUUUUUGGAUUUGGAUGGUUGUUCUUCAUGCGCCAGCUCUUCAAGGACUAUGAGGUUCGGCAGUAUGUUGUACAGGUUGUCUUCUCUGUUACCUUUGCUUUUUCAUGCACCAUGUUUGAACUUAUCAUUUUUGAAAUUCUAGGCAUCCUAAACAGCAGCUCUCGGUAUUUCCAUUGGAAAUUAAAUCUCUGCGUGAUUUUGCUUGUUCUGGUGUUCAUGGUGCCCUUUUACAUUGGAUACUUUGUUGUGAGCAACAUACGAUUGUUGCACAGACAUAGACUUCUUUUUGCCUGUGUUGUCUGGCUAAUAUUUAUGUAUUUCUUCUGGAAACUGGGAGAUCCAUUUCCUAUUCUCAGUCCAAAACAUGGAAUUCUAUCCAUAGAACAACUCAUCAGUAGGGUGGGAGUGAUUGGGGUGACUCUCAUGGCCUUGCUUUCUGGAUUUGGUGCAGUCAAUUGUCCAUACACCUAUAUGUCUUAUUUUCUCAGGAAUGUGACAGAUGCUGAUAUUCUAGCUCUAGAACGUCGACUCCUCCAAACAAUGGACAUGAUCAUCAGCAAAAAGAAAAGGAUAGCAAUGGUUCACAGGAACAUGUUCCAGAGAGGGGAAGUGCACAACAAAACCACUGGUUUCUGGGGGAUUAUAAAAAGUGUUACAACAUCUUCAUCAGGCAGUGAAAAUCUGACACUCAUCCAGCAAGAAGUUGAUGCUUUAGAAGAACUUAGUCGGCAACUUUUCCUGGAAACAGCUGAUUUGCAUGCUACCAAGGUGCAAACUAGGGAUUUGUUUAACCAUUUCCUGUCUGUAUUACUACAGGUAAAAUUCUGGUCUCAGCAUAUUUCAUUUAUUCUUGUUGGAAUAAUUAUUGUCACCUCUAUCAGAGGCUUAUUAAUAACACUCACAAAGUUUUUCUAUGCUAUCUCAAGCAGCAAAUCUUCUAAUGUUAUUGUUCUGUUGCUAGCACAGAUUAUGGGAAUGUAUUUUGUGUCUUCUGUGCUUCUGAUUCGAAUGAGUAUGCCUCUAGAGUAUCGUACUAUCAUUACUGAAGUUCUAGGAGAAUUACAGUUUAACUUCUACCACCGAUGGUUUGAUGUUAUAUUUCUUGUCAGUGCUCUUUCCAGCAUCCUGUUUCUCUAUCUGGCACAUAAGCAGGCUCCUGAGAAACAUAUGACACUCUGAAUUCAUCUUAAUUCUCCAGCUCAAGACCAGUGAAAAUUACGAAUUUGGCAUAUCACCAUGUUAUGAUGGCUCUUCCUAUGAUGGACAGUCAAAUCAAAUCAAAUGCUUCACUGUAGGCAAAGAGAGACAAGCCUCUGGGUCUUUAAAAGUGAAAAGAAGCCAUAAAAGGGAAUAUUGGGGACCUCUCACAAAGCUGGAGAUGAAGCCAUUCUACAGUUUUUACUCAAUGUAGUUGGCAAAAUGUUUGCUUCAUUGUCUUAAUAUUGAUGAUAAUGAUUCUAAAAGACUGAAUAAAACAACAUUUGUUAUAAUUCCCAGUAAUACUGUGACAGUUUCCAGAUUUGCAAAGUUAGUAUUUAGAAGUGGGACGAAGUUAGAUGAAUAAUUAAUUUCUGUAUUUUUCUAAAGCAAAUUCAACAGAUUGUGACUGAAAUGAAAAAAACCCUAUCUCCCUGGAACUCAAAAAUACAGGCAUUGUCUAGCA